AAUGAUGUUAAUAGGUACGUAUAGAUGUCACUAGUAUGAUUUCAAGUUUUUUCAAAACAGAUUAUGAGUUUGAAUUAAUGUUUUCAGAUUCAGUGAUGAUGUCUGUGAGAUAAAACAUCAAAAAUUUUGUUACUAAGAUCAACAUUCGGCUAAUCAAGAAAGGAAUCAUCUUGAUCUAUGAGCUGCUAUAAAUCAUCAUAAUAUUGACCCAGAUCAAGAUGCCGUUACCUAUGGCUCUCCUGUUGUCGGAUUGGUCCGAAAGAUCGUACAGACAAGCCCGUCCAGACAUCAACUUCAUGCGAAACGAUUUACACAAGGUAGUAAUGAAGAAUCUCAAUGUAGAAUUUAUGGUGCAUAACCGAUAUAAACGGAAACAUCAUGUAGCAUCAUUUGAGGCUGUAAAAAAACCUAAAAUGAACGAAACUAGCAAUGUGCCCGAAUCCAAAUCAGAAAAAUUUGACAAAUUCAAACAUGUACUUGAACCAGGACAAAAUUCUGAGAAUGCUAAAAUCGUAUCAAAAGCGUUUAACAUAUUGAUGGGGUAUACUCUUUUACACGAUACUCCUCUGCACACAAAAUCUGACAAUGGCAACCACCCCAAAAUUCACCAAAAAUCGGAGGGUGCCAUACUCUAUUCCAACUCGAAAUUACCGAUAAGUGCAAAUUGCGAAUCGAAAUAUAAAAAAUUCUCACCUUUGAGCUCACCUUUGAAAACUUGCAAUUCGAAAACAUUGCGGUCCAAAUACGUUCAAAAUAAAAUUAAAAAAACGCGUACCACUAGUUUUCGCUCUAAUGGUGAUAGUACUUAUAGAGAUAAUUUAUCUUGGAGGCAAUCCAAUCAACAGCAACAAUACUCAAAAUCGGAUAGUCAACCUAAAUGCUAUAAUACUCAACAGCUACAAUCUUCUGAACCGUCAACCAUGAAAGCAACAUCUUACUUACUGAAUGCUUUUCCGAAACGACAAAAUAUUUCUCCUUUAACGAAAAAGGGCAACAAUGCUGUAACAGCAUUGCCCUCUGCAGGAAACUCUUCCUUUGAGCGUCCGUCAUCAAUCUUAGAUGCUGUUUCCAAUACGAAUAUUAACAUAAAUUCAAUAAUGAGAGGAUAUUCAAUGGACACAAUUUGCCCUUUUAUGUUUUUCGGUUCUAAGAAGUUCGACGAAGAAAUUGCUAUGCACAAAGUUUUAUAUGCUUCAAGAAGAGCUUUUUUGGAUCAGAUUCCCCAAUAUGUGGAUACUAGAAGAGAAGUUAGAGCGCCUGGGAUCGAAGCAGCUCCCGAAAUCCAUGCAGCACGAAGAAGUAUGCUGGAUAGAGCCUCAUCUUCUAAACUUUCCGUUCAUGCACCACCGUUCACACUGAAGACCCGAUGUUCAACGAAGGAAAGGACUACUCAAGAAGUCGGAGAUGCAUUCUACAAAUUUGUGAGCAGUCUUGAUGAACCCACGUUGAGAUCACUUGCUCCAACUCCAAGUUGUAGUACUACUCCCGUGCCAGCAGAAGAAGACGAACAAGAGGGAGCAGUUGGCUACGAUACAAGCAGGGAACAGGAUAAUAAAAAGGAUGACCCAACUCAGACCCAACUGACAUCAGUUGAAGAACCGAACGAAGUUCCACAACUUGACGGGCAAAGAUUAAGCGAAGAAGAGGAAGAACAACAGGCUGAAAAUGCAUUAGCUGCUCAUGGACCGGUCGGCGGACAAGCUGUUGUUGAACCAGCAGCUGCAGCUGCAGCAGUACCUCCUCCACCUGAGGACGAUCCUGCCACAUAUGUAAUAGAAGCACGUACUACGAUAAUAUAUCAAGAUAGGAACAUCCUGAACUUGGAUGACAACGUAUUAGGUCAGUGGAGAGAUAGAAAUAGAUGGGGUAGAGGACCAGAUCCUGCUAGAGCUUUCUCAUACAGAAAUGCCUUUUACGCAUAUGACCCGAACAAUGAAAUUCUUCUACCACCGAUGUUUGGCUGUUAUUACUGUGAAACAAAUACUGAACCAGAAUUACCAAAACCCCCACAACAACCAGAAGUGCCAAAGCCCUAAAAAUUCUUCCAUUCCAGAAAAGACGCUGUUAUCAUUCACCUGUAUUUGUAUGACGACUGAAAAAUUGGAAUAGGAUCACUCAUGUUAUUAAUAUUUAGCAGUUUGAAGAACUGUGGUUCUGUUCCUAGCUAUAUAUAUUUGAAUAUAUUGUGCAUCUAUUCUGUGCAAUCUAUUAUGAUAUCUAGAAUAUUAGGACGGAGUAUGAAUACAACAUAAUACGUCUUACUCAAUAUUUCUUAACUUUGCAACUGCUUCGUGAUUUUCUAUCGAAAUUUCUAUUCGGAUUCCCAUAUUUUGAAAAUUUUAUGGAUGAAUAAUAUUAAUAUAUAAUAAUAACAGCAUGGGGGUCCACAUAUCUCAAAGGUUUUUAAUUAAUUAUAGCAUCUUGAUGCUAUACCAAGAAAAUAUUGAAUUCACUAAACUCUUUUUACUUCUUGUCUUGUGGAUCAUAAUUAAUAUCUGUUCGAU